AACAACAACGUCACGGCGACAGGCAGGUACGCGAUAUUAUUGCGCCGCCACUAUCGCGCGCGGUAGUCUGUGCCAACGUGCGAUUAUGUACAAACCGGUGUUGGGUAUCGUGUUCGUUCUCGUCGCGUUUUCGGCACAUCCAGCGUGGUCGUCGUCCGACAACGCCACUGCAGCCACUGCCGUCGCGCCGACCGCCGACCAAUCCGCAGUCCGAGGAAAUGAUACAAGUGACAGCAUCGAGCUCAGUAAUAGCAGUACUAUCACGUGUGAAAAUGUCAGUCGUUCCAUUGAUGACUUUCCUCCAGACUUCUUCACUGACGACCAAAGACGUCACGGCGCUGUUGUCUUUCACUUCAUGGUGGCUUUUUAUGGAUUCGUUUUCAUAGCAUUUGUAUGCAAUGAUUAUUUCCUACCAUCGGUGUUUUGCAUAUGUUUAGACUUGGGCAUCUCGCCGGACGUGGCGGGGGCGACGUUCAUGGCAACGGCUACGUGUGCGCCGGAACUUUUCGUCAGCGUCAUCGGAACGUUCCUGACAGAGUCCGACCUCGGGGUGGGCACAGUGGUGGGCAGCGCCAUAUACAACACAUUGGGCGUUUCGGCGUGUGCGGGACUCGCGGCCAGGAAAGCCAUCAAUUUGGAAAAAUGGCCACUGCUUCGGGACAGUGGCGUGUACUUGGUGUCAAUCAUCGCGCUGGCCAUCAUCGUGGUCGACGACGUGGUCAUGUGGUACGAGGCACUGUUUCUGCUGUUUAUGUACUUUGGGUACUUCUUACUGAUGUUCACGCAAGGAAAGCUGAGGACAGCCGCCAAAAAGUUGAAAAAUAAAAAUUCGUUCCGGUCGUGGGCUAUAGUUUUCGAUUAUGUUCAACGGCUGUUAAUCAAUGCAUUGUUUUAUGGGAAAUUUACUUCGAAUGAAUGUCGAAGCAUUUCGUUACCUGAAAAUGGUGAAAAAGCAUGUCAAUACGGAACGGCUUCAAACUCGAUGAAACCACCGGCGUUCGACAUUGGUUACGGCGUUUAUCGUUCGUUCUACUUCACGGAGUACGUACCGCCCCCGCCGGCGAAGAAGUCCCAGACGAGCAAAGAUCCCAAUGAAAUAGACAACGAGGAACCGAUUUCCCCCAUAUGGAAAAUACCAACAGGUGUAUUACCCAAAAUGUGGUGGGUAUUUUCCUUACCAGUAGCAUUCAUGUUGUCGGUAACAGUGCCGGAUUGCCGGACAAGGCGUAAGGUGUACCCGUACACGUUCAUCAUGUGCAUAAUUUGGAUAGGCAUCAGUUCAUACAUAGUUUCUUGGAUGUUGUCAAUAUGUGGAGACACAUUUCAUAUUAGUGACAUUGUGAUGGGCAUAGCUGUGCUGGCGGCUGGUGGUAGCAUACCUGAAGCGACUUCGGGUAUAAUAAAUGCCCGUAACGGUGAGGGAUCGAUGAGCAUCAGCAAUGCGUUAGGUGCCAAUACAUUGGACAUACUAUUAUGUUUGGGUUUGCCGUGGUUUAUCAAAUGUCUCAUGCCAGUCUCCAUGAAUGGUGGACCUAUAUUGAUGGAAACCAACGAUUUAUUUUUUAACUGCAUAUGUUUGAUCAUUAGUGUGAUUGUGCUAAACAUUGCAGCUGCUGCGAAUGGAUUCAAAAUGUAUAAGACAUUUGGUAUUAUAUGUCUUAUCGGUCACAUUUGUAUCAUAACAAUAUUCAUAAUUAGCGGCCUUAAUGUAAAAAGCACAGACAUUGGGCAAUGUUAAUAUCAAAUAGACACUAUUUAGAAUAUUCAUUCAUUAUUUAUCAUUUUUAAUUGUUAUCAAAUGAAUGCCAUACAUUUUAGUUUUAAGAAAAUGUUUACAAUAUGUAUGAACACUGUAUACAGUAUAAUAACUAUAAACAUCAAUUAUUUUCAUUUUAUUAGUUUUAUCAAGUAUUAUGUUUAAUUAAUGUAGAUAUUUUUAACCAAUGACGUGUAGUGAACACUAGAAUAUUAAGAAUAUAGUAAUAAGUAUUUUGAUAAAAAUAACCACCUAUUUACAUAUUUUUGUGCCAACAUUUAUUUUACCAUUUAAUAUUAUUUGAAUAAUUUGUUUAAUAUGAAUAUUGACUUGUAUGUUAAUUAUAAAUUGUAGGUCCUAUGGAACUUGUUUUAUAUUAUUUUAUCUAGUUGAAAAAUUAUUGUAGAUUAUUGUUUUUAUUUUUUAAUAAACAUUAAUGAUGAUUUAAUUAAAAUAUUUCAAUAAUUUAAUGAGAAUGUUAAAUAGCUAUAAGACUGAUGACUAUAUUAUUAUAUAAUAAUUAAUUAUGGCUAAUAAACAGUAACCAAUAAAAUACGAUUUAGAUUGAUGAUAAGAAACAUAGGAAAAAAUAUUACAUUCAUGCAUGUAAUUUAAUUUUAGAAAUUAUUAAGAAAUGUCUUGAUAUUUGUUACUUUAUUAAAAUAUAUGUGUAUUUUGAAAAUAUUGAUAAUAAAAUAACAAAAAUGAAAUAAUAGUUUUAACAAUAAUCAUUAUGAAUCGGUCAUAUCAAAAUAAA